AUGUGGGCUUUGAGGCUCCGGUGCCUGCGAACGCAAUGCGCACCAGCUCAGACCCGAGCUCUUUCGAGCUUCAGAACUCAUGGGUCCCAGCGUGGUCCUCGCAAUAGUAUACAAAGACCUGAAUUGAUUCGAUCUUCGAAAAAAUCCGAGACACUGAAGCAGCCCCAGCCUGCUACUCAUCAACUCGAACAUACCACUCAUCCUGAUUAUGAUCCUUCGCAAAAUACCCUACUUUCCCCCGUUCAUUUACCCGAGGAUCCAAAGAGUGUGCUUAAAGGAAACCACCCGGCGGUUUCUAUACUAGCGAACUCGGGAAUAGUAAUACAGCGACAAAUAGAGAUGAUGAAUAUUAUGAUUGGCUUUGAACAAGCAAACAAGUAUGUAAUCAUGGAUGCACAGGGAAAUCAGAUCGGAUGGAUGGCAGAACAGGAGAAAGGAUUGGCAAAUACAAUGUCACGACAAUGGUUCAACACUCAUCGAAGUUUUGUAACACAUGUGUUUGACCGACAAGAAAAUGAAGUGUUGAGAUUCCAUCGCCCAUUCUCUUGGAUCAACUCGAAAAUCCAUGUCUACGAUCCUCUCAAUCAAACAACAAACACUGACUCGCGAUCCACUUCUCUUCAAGACAUGACAUCUGUAUCACUGGUCGCAGCUGGUGAUGGAUCAAAUACACGGAUAUCGCCGCUUGGGACCGAUCAAAUGCGCGUUAUCGGCGAAGCCCAGCAACAGUGGGCACCUUUACGGCGAAAGUACAACCUUUUCACCCAUCACCAGUCUCCGAAUCCUGCAACAGAUAUGGGAGCCCAAAAUUUCUCAUUAUCAAAGUCCGGUUUAUCACAAGCGCAGCAGAUGCAGCUGGUACAGUCCAACCAAGGGGAGGGCCAAUACAACCAAUUUGCUUAUGUUGAUGAGCCUUUUCUAUCAUGGGAUUUCUCUCUCAAAUCAGCAGAGGACCAGCUGAUUGGAUCUGUCAAUCGCAACUUCUCCGGGUUUGCUCGCGAAAUCUUUACAGACACUGGUGUAUACGCAAUGCGAAUGGAUUCCGCAGGUCAAGGUACCGAGGCGUCACGCGGCAGCGAAGUUCCAGGCUUGACCCUCGACCAACGCGCUGUUAUGUUGGCUACGGCUGUAAGUAUUGAUUUCGAUUAUUUCAGUCGCCACAGCGGCAGCAGCGGUGCAUUUGGCUACAUGCCGUUCUGGUUUCCCGGAGGUGGCGGCUCUACUACCACUGGUGGUGCAGCUGCAGAAGGUGCAGCUGCUGGUGAAGCUGGGGCAGUUGGAGGAGCUGCUACGGGGGUUCUUGGGCAAGCUGGAGCCCCCGGUGGUAUAGCAAGUGGCAUGGGCGCUGGCAUGGCUGGCGCUGGUACAAUGGCUGGGUAUGAGGCAAUGCAGAGGGGUAACUCAACUGAUCCAAAUGCUCCGACGUCAUAUGACCAAUCACCAUCACCUGAUCAACCAGGCUCACAGCCCCCAGCUGACUCUGACUCAUGGGGCGUCUAUGGCGAGUCUCACGAUUCUGGGGAAGAUGAUUCUUGGGGCGGUGACUUUUGGGGCGAUGGAGACGGGGGAGAAGGAGGGGACGGUGACUUUUUCUAA